AUGUCUGCACCAUCGUUAGCAAGCUGGAUUUCCAAGAAGCCCGGGCUCUUGAAGAUGAUGAAGCCUUUGGCCUCAUGGUACACCAAUGCUGCUGGAUACCGUCAGUUGGGAUUAAGAGCCGAUGAUUUACUCCCCGAGGAAUCCGAAGAGGUUCUUCUUGCGCUCAAGCGUUUACCGCAAAAGGAAGCUUAUGAUCGUGUUUUCCGUCUGCGAAGAGCUGUUCAGUGUUCCGUCCAACAUCAACUUUUGCCCAAGGAUCAACACACCAAGCCCGAAGACGAUUACGCAUACCUCUCCCCCAUCAUUGCCGAGAUCGAAGCCGAGGCCAAGGAACGUGCUGAUUUGGAAUCAUUGACUAUUACCAAGAAGAACUAG